AAUCUUCCAAUUUCACAAAAAGACCUAAACUCUCCCAAACAACCAAACCCUAAUCAAUCUUCCUCGCUUUCUACUUCUCGCCGGCGAUGCUUUGAUCGGAAUGCUUUUCUGUUCUCCAGAUCUAAUCUUCCACAGAUUUAAUCUAUAUUUGAUGGAUGAUGAUUGAGCCGAUGGAUAAAAAGUCUGCUCCUUCAUCCAGGGAGCUUGUGCAGUGUCUUUAUGAGAAGAAUAUUGAUUUGGAAAAUAAGCGUAGAAAAUCAGCCAAGGCACGGGUUCCUUCAGAUCCCAAUGCCUGGCAGCAGAUGCGUGAGAACUAUGAAGCAAUAAUUCUUGAGGAUCAUACUUUUUCUGAACAACAUAGCAUUGAAUAUGCUUUGUGGCAGCUGCAUUACAGGCGGAUUGAGGAGCUCAGAGCACUCUUCAGUGCUGCUCUAGCUUCCUCAGGCUCAAACACAUCUCAGGGUGUGAAAGGCCCUGUACGACCUGACCGGAUUUCAAAGAUAAGGCUUCAGUUUAAGACUUUUCUUUCUGAAGCAACAGGGUUUUAUCAUGAACUAAUCUUGAAAAUUAGGUCAAAGUAUGGGCUUCCAUUAGGGUACUUCUCUGAGGAUUCAGAGAACCCAACUAUUACAGACAAAGAUGGAAAGAAAUCAGAUGAAAUUAAGAAAGGUUUGGUAUCUUGCCACCGCUGUUUGAUAUACUUGGGAGACCUUGCACGGUAUAAAGGACUCUAUGGGGAGGGAGACUCGAUAACACGUGAAUAUGCAGCAGCAUCAAGUUACUAUUUGCAGGCUGCAUCAAUUUGGCCAUCAAGUGGGAAUCCUCAUCAUCAGCUGGCCAUACUGGCAUCUUAUUCUGGAGAUGAGCUUGUAGCUGUUUAUCGAUAUUUUCGGAGUUUAGCUGUGGAGAAUCCCUUUUCAACAGCUAGGGACAAUUUGAUUGUGGCAUUUGAGAAGAAUCGUCAGAAUUACAGUCUACUGAUUGGGGAUGGUAAAACUUCUUUGGCCAAGGAGUGCAACAUGCGGAUCAGCGGCAAAGGUAGAGCUAAAGCAGAAAUGAAAGCAGUAUCUAAAGAUACCACCAUGGGACCUAGCCCUGUUAAGGAAAAAGUAUCCAGUGUUGAGAUGUACAAAGUUUUUUGCAUUCGUUUUGUACGCCUUAAUGGCAUUCUUUUCACUCGCACAAGCCUGGAGACAUUUGCAGAUGUUCUGACUCUAGUUAACAGUGAUUUAUGCAAACUUCUUUCUUCUGGACCUGAGGAGGAGCUAAAUUUUGGAACAGAUGCUACUGAUAAUGCACUUCUCAUUGUUAGGCUUGUUUCUAUUCUUAUAUUUACCGUGCACAAUUUAAAGAGGGAGAGUGAAGGCCAAACCUACGCAGACAUUGUACAACGCACUGUUCUCCUUCAGAAUGCAUUCACAGCAGUCUUUGAGCUGAUGAACCAUAUAAUAGAGCGAUGCCUACAGCUUCGGGAUAUUUCUUCAAGUUAUCUAUUACCAGGCAUUCUGGUUUUUCUAGAAUGGCUGGCUUGCUGUCCGGAUAUUGCAUCAGCAGGCGGUGAUGUGGAUGAGAAACAGUCAACUACCCUAUCAAAUUUCUGGAAGCAGUGCAUAUUGUUCCUGAAUAAGACCUUAUUGGUUGGGCCAGUGUGUAUUGAUGACAAUGAAGAUGAGACUUGCUUUUUCAAUAUGAGCAGGUAUGAAGAGGGGGAAACUGAAAACUGUAUGGCACUGUGGGAGGACUUUGAGUUGAGAGGCUUCUUACCCCUUCUUCCAGCUCACACCAUAUUAGAUUUCUCAGUGAAGCACUCUUUUCGAUCAGAUGGCAAUAAGGAACAGAAAGCCCGUCUAAAGAGGAUAUUAGCAGCUGGAAAGGCUCUCGCAAAUAUAGCCAGGGUUGAUCAGAAAACAGUUUGUUUUGAUUCUAAGGCGAAGAAAUUUGUUAUUGGUGUUGAGCCUCUGGAUGAUGCUGCCUUUACCUCCACCUCUAGUCCACCCAGAGCAAAUGGUUUGCUGCAAGAAACUCCUGCUGAAGAGAUAAUUAAUAUUGGUGUUGGGCAGCCAAACUCACUACCAAUGAUGGAUGGGGAAGAGAUUGUUGACGAUGAUGAUGAAGUAAUUGUUUUCAAGCCCAUUGUGGCUGAGAAGAGGACUGAUGUGGUUGGUCCAAACUGGCCUCCCUAUGAUAGUUUGAUGGCUGAUCAGAGUAGAUCUGCUGGUGAUGAGAAGUUUCAUGGUAUUUCUGUUUCAGCCUCUUCUUCUCUCAAUAACCUUUGGCCCCACACAACUAUUGAGUUAAGUCCACCACUGCCUGUAUCUGUUGGUAACAUUUUUCCUCAGCAUCUGCUGCCAAUUCCAUCACAUGCAACCAAGUGGUCUGCUGGAGAAGCUACCCUUGUGAAUGGCCUGAGGGGUUUGAACCUUUUGGAGAGCAAAAUUCUGACAAAACCUGAGAUGCAAGAACAUAUUGACAUAUCUCAUUUGGCGGCUCGUUCAGUUGCCAUUCCACAAUCCAUUGGUGUUAACACCAAUGGUAUGUUCUACACUCAGGCUAACACCCCAGAAAUGGUUAUACCGUCCAGAAUUGAUGGUAUUGCAGUAUCUGGGUCUGGGGUACGUGGUGAUACUUUGGCUGCAAGAACAUCCUCAGCUUUCCCAGUAGGUCCACGGAAAAAUCCAGUUAGCCGGCCAGUUAGGCAUCUUGGUCCUCCUCCUGGUUUUGGCUCUGUUCCUCCUAAACCCCAGAGUGAAGCUGUUUCUGCUUCAGAUUUAGAGAAUCCUUUGAUGGAUGAUUAUAGUUGGUUAGAUGGAUAUAAGCUGCCAUCAGCUGUAAAAGGCCCUGGCCUUGAUGUUUCUGUUAAUUACACAUCUCAUGCAAAUAGUCAGUAUGUCAAUAAUGUUAGCAAUGGCUUGAGUGGUACGGUCAGCUUUCCCUUCCCUGGAAAACAAGUUCCAACAUUGCAGUUUCAGAUGGAAAAUCAGAAAGGAUGGCAGGAUGGCCAGGCACUCGAGAAUCUAAAAUUUCAGCAUGAACAGAAGUUGCAACAACUCAUCAAUGGAAACCAGCAGUUUACUUCAUUGCCUGAGGAAUAUCAAGGACAAUCAGUCUGGAUGGGUCGUUAUUUCGUGUGAAUCCAAUAUGCAAGUGUAGCUGGUUUUGGAGAAUGAUUCUCAUGAAUCUACUGCAUCUUUUUGCUUGCUGCCAACUUGAACUCCGACUUUGGAUUGUUAUGUGUUGAGUUUCUGUUGGAGCAUUGAUGGCCGUGGCUUCUAGUGGGCACUUGCUACCAUACAGAUUCUGCCAGAGCUGGAGGAUGAGAUGGAAAAUAUCUUUAUGAUGCGAAAUUUGUAAGGAGUAAAUGCCUUAACUGGUUACUUGAGAUGGAGAUAGAACAUGUUAAUAAGAUCAUCUGUUGGUUUGGAGCCUAUGUCUCAAGGAGUUGGUCAAAUAAAUUUGAUGUAUACUCGCUAUUAUUUAGCUUUCUAGUUUCUGGCAGAAUUGAUGUUGAUCAUCAAUAGCUGGAAGCUGCUAAUAUAUGAUGUGCUCGACCAGUUCUUUGCCUGGUAGCUUUUGGAGCUCUAAGAAGUCUACUACUACUAGUCACGAUCUGGGUAUCAGAAAGUGGUCAGUGGGAUUACAAUGGUGCUUUGAAUAGCAGAAUAUAUGGGUGAGUACAAGUGUGAUGUGUACUUUGGUUAUCUGGGUCAGAGACUUGUAAUGUUAUUAUGGUUACGGACUAGGAUGAGUGAUGUAGAACACACAAAAGCCAGCCUUUUGUGUUGAAGUUUGGUUCCACUCAAAACUUCUUAUGAUGAAAUAAAUUUGUGGGGAUUAUUUCCCCCUUCUAGUGUCAAAUUGGAGUUUAUCUUCCUUCGUGGUUCUGUAGCUCACGCCAUCCAUCUAUAUAUAAGAAAUUGUCAAACCAACCUAAACUUCGACAGUUUCUCCCUCUUUUCACAUGCAACUAAAACUAAAAAUGUCAACCAAAACAACAUCCUCAGCAGCUGUCACAAACGCCACUAGAGCCACCGUUUUCCUCUUCUCCCUCCUUGUACUCCUCCACAAUCCUAUACAUGCCGCCAGUCCCAUCAAAACCAUCGUCGUGCUUGUCAUGGAAAACCGGUCCUUCGACCACAUGUUGGGAUGGAUGAAAAGGUUCAAUCCGGAGAUCAA